CCCAAAUAUUAAAAACACCAGUAUCGGUUUUGAUCAUUCUUAACGGUGCUGUCAGCAGAACCAGAAGCAUGGCCACGGCACAGUCAACACUGAUGUUCGCAGUGUGCAUCUUGAUGAUAACAGAACUCAUACUGGCCAGGAAAGACUACUAUGACAUCCUCGGUGUGCCAAAAGAUGCUUCCGAACGUCAGAUCAAAAAAGCUUUUCACAAGCUUGCCAUGAAAUAUCACCCAGACAAGAACAAGAGCCCCGAUGCGGAAACCAGGUUUCGAGAGAUUGCAGAAGCAUAUGAAACACUAUCGGAUGAGAAAAGAAGGCGAGAGUAUGACCAAUCCGGAUACAAUGCGUUCAGCAACGAAGGCAUGAAUGGAGGAGGAGGGCAGCGUUUUCAUCAUUCCUAUGAUUUCAACUUCGAAGACAUGUUUAAAGACUUCGACAUCUACAGCCAAAACAGGCACGCUCGCCCAAAACGGCACUUCGACGAGCACUUCAGGGCCCACCAGCAAGCACACAACCGCCAUAAGAGACACUUCCAGGGUGCUUUUGGCACCGGAGUCUUUGAGGACAUGUUUGAAGACAUGGAGAAGAUGUUUACAUUUGACCGACACAUAAAAAGGACAGAUAGCAGGUUUCAGGGCUCAGCCAAACAGCACUGCAGAACGGUGACCCAGCGAAGGGGAAACAUGGUCACCACGUACACAGACUGCACCUCGUCCUGAACAUCAGAGUCGGACCAUCACACUUUUGUUUUUAUGCCUGAUUUAGAGUUGUUAAUUUGCUGCUGUGAUAAGUGGGGUUUGAUUUUAAAAUGUGACUGAUCUGUUAUUUACAACGAUAAUUGGUGCAUUUGACAUUUUCAUUAACUCGAUUGAGAUUUAUAAUUGACACUAUGUUGGAUAGUGGCCACUUAAAGGAACAGUUCACCUCAAAAUGAAAAUUUGCUAGAAAUGUACUCACCCUCAUGCCAUCCAAGAUGUAAAAGAGCUUGUUUCUUCAUGGGAACAGAUUUGAAGAACUUCAGCAUCACUUGCUCACCAACAGAUCCUUUGUAGUGAAUGGGUGCCGUCAGAAUAAGAGUCCAAACAGCUGAUCAAAACAUCACAAUAAUUCACAAGCAAUCAAUAUGACUCCAAUCCAUCAGUUAACAUCUUAUGAAGUGAAAAGCUGGCUGUUUGCAUGAAACAAACCCAUAAUUAAGGUGUUUUAACUUUAAACAGUCGCUUUUGGCCAAAAUAUGAUCCAAUAAUCCAUAAUAAUGCUUCCUUUAGUGGAAAAACUCAAUUUCUGAUUGUCCUCUCACAUCAAAAUCCAUCAACAUAUUUGUUUAGGACUAUUUUAGACUGUUUUCACUUGUAAACAGUGCUUCAUCUCUGCAUAUGUCUCUCCUGAUUCAGACUAGAUGACUUUUUCACUGGAGAAAGCAUUAUUAUAAACAGGUUUUGAAGUUAAAAACGCCUACUGAUGGAUUUGUUUAUUGCAAACAUGCAAUUUUUCACUUCACAAGACAAUAAUUGUUGAACUGGUAGGUUAUUGCGAUCCAUUUAUUAGCUUUUUAAACUUUUAUUCUGACGGCACCCAUUCACUGCAUAAAUGUAAAUUUUCAGCAUCUUUUCAUUUGCGGUUGAACUAUUCCUUUAAUAGCCUUAGUGUCUAGUUUUAGGUUUUUGGUGAGUUUGUUUUCAUCCUUGCAGCACUAACUUAAAAAAAUGGUCAUUUAUAGCAAACUACAGUUGAUUACUCUCUAAUAUUAGUGUGCGUUUAUGUUUAAAUUGCACUUUCUUGAGCAUAUGAAACAAGUUAUGCGCACAAAAAAUCAGUUUCAUGCCUGGUUAGCUACUAAAAUCCCUUGAAAAAUGAUUUGAUGAAAGCAUCAAACAGAUCAUUUAGCUCUUCCAUUAUCUUCUCGAUUUAUUCAAGGUUAUAUAUUUUGUGUUGGUGCUGAACGCUCAUGGAGUCUUUGGGAUUCACAUGUUCAUGAACUGGUCUUAUUUUUAUGUGAAGCUAAACCGAUGUUUGCUGCAUUGCUGUGAAUAAUGUAGUUGAUUCUAUUGAAGUAGUUUCUUUCAAACUCACACUUAUUAGAUAGAGAGGUGCCUUUCCCACUCGUUGUGGUAGAUUGAAUUUAAUGUAAUCAAAUUGGAGCACUUUUAUGACCUCGUGUGUAUUAUAGUUUGCAUGGCUGAGAGAAAGUAGGUCUCAGUUUUUGUCAUGGACAUCGGUCACCCGGUUUGGUUGGUAAACAGCUUUUGUUUUAGGAAAGUACAAGUCUGACAUUGUUCUCUAAGCCAAAGUCUUUUUUGGCUGAACCUUUUGUAUGUUUCUAACAACAUAGGAGUUGAUGAGUUGUUUUUAUAUGGCAGUGUUACCCCUAAAAAAAAACUAAAAAAGACAAGGGGAAUGUACCAACUUAGCAUUUGCCUGACAACAUUCUUUUUUUUUUUUU